AUAAAUUGAUUUGCUCAACCUUUUUCAACUUGCUGCCUUUUCUGGAUCGUUUGAUCUCUGAUGAGUGAGAUCUUUUCCUGUACUCCUUCGAUGGUGAGGACGUUGUAGAUGAAUGGUUUGGAUCACCAGAUGGUGGAUCGGAAGGGGUGGUAGUCCAUGGUGCUAGAAAUAACCAUCCAUGGCUGCUUUGGCGACUGCUGAAGUUUGCGACGCCAACUCACACCUAAUCUCAAGCGGCGAACUCCGUGCACUCCAUCCGAUUUUCCAAUUAUAUGGGCGGCGUCCAAUAUUCUCUGGCCCGAUAGUGACUCUGAAGGUGUUUGAAGACAAUGUUUUGGUGCGAGAGUUCCUCGAGGAGAGAGGCAAUGGUAGAGUUUUGGUUGUCGAUGGUGGUGGAAGCAUGCGCUGUGCCAUAUUGGGAGGCAACCCUGUUCAACAAGCUCAGAACAAUGGGUGGGCCGGUAUUGUGGUCAAUGGGUGUAUAAGGGAUGUCGAUGAGAUCAAUGGGUGUGAUAUUGGAGUGCGAGCACUAGCAUCGCAUCCGAUGAAAGCUAAUAAGAAGGGAAUUGGAGAGAAACAUGUGCCCAUCAGCAUUGCUGGCACACGUAUUUGUGAUGGCGAAUGGCUUUAUGCAGACACCGAUGGCAUUUUGGUCUCACGAGCUGAGCUGUCCAUUUAAAGUUAGCUAGCUAUUCAGGGGAAGUGUUUUUAUGGUUCGGUAACAUUUUCCACUCAAAAAUGCUCCUCUGCCACUCCAUCCGUGCUGUAUUUUUGUAUGCUCCAUUUCUGCAUCUAUGAACAUUUCGAUGUUUUCAGUUUAAGAGGAACUUUAUUGCCA